GAAGAAGGUUGAUUUCCGGGAUAAACAAGGGCAUGUGUUAAAUAACUAUCCUUGUGAGCAGUGGUGUCUGUCUACAGCCUCAAACACCGUAAUAUGUGUCGCUGUUAACAGGACAUUGUAAGUUUUAAAGGUACAGAGUUAGAAACUAGUGUUAUUAUUCAAUGGCGGCCUCUGCUCAUGUCUCCAAAGUCCGCUCACUGUACAAGAGGAUUCUGGUCCUGCAUCGGUUCCUGCCAAUAGAAUUAAAAGCCCUCGGUGACCAGUAUGUGAAAGACGAGUUCAGAAGACAUAAAGGUGCAUCAGCCGAGGAGGCAGAGAGCUUCAUGACAGAGUGGAAGGGAUACAAGGACACCCUGCAGACUCAGAUACUGGAGUCAGCAGGGGAGCAGCUCAGCUCAGUCAAGUUUGGAGUCAACCUGUCAGAGGGGAAACUCAGUGACUUCCACGACGAACAGAUCGGCCAAUUGUAUGAACUCAUGCUGGAGUCCACCAAACCCAACAGACAAUUUGACAUCCAGGAGGACAGCAAAUGAAACGCCCAGCUACAGAGAUGAACUCCGACAACAAAAAACAGAAGGUGCUGUGAUUCAGACCACUAUUACCUCUGAGUGCUUCAGAUGAAGAUUGCUACUCAAAGACAGAGUAGGGGCUUUUAGGAAUAUUUGAUUUUAUUAAAGUGCUGUGUAAUAUCUCUGUGUUCCUGUGCUUGUCUCUUAUGCUGUGUUAAAAAAAAGUUCAUCAUGCUCUGACAGGUGCAUUAAGGUGACACUAAUUAGUUUCUUUUGUUAACCUUUUCCAUAUGAAUACAGUUGUGAGGGAAAGUCACUGAGAUGUGUCCUCCCUGCAGAUGCUCACAUCAGCAAUGCCUCUUUCAGGCUCAGUGGUGACGGAGCCAUUGUUGGGCUGAAGCCCUCAUUAUCCCUGUGUGUUGAGGGGGGAAGAUGGGGGUUUUAGAGCGGUUAUAAAAGUCAACUCAUGGUUGUUGAUGCACCAUUUCCCCCCCCCACAGACUUCAGACAUCACAGUGAUUUAUCUGGAAAUAAACAAUAAUCAGUCAUGCACCGCAUAAAUGUACCAACAACAGCCAAGAAUCCUUCAUCUGUUCCAAAUAAAAAGCUGCUUUGAACUUCUCCUUCCUA